AUUUCUGGCUCUUUUCUCCUUUGGUAAGUCUACUCUGACCGAGCAUCACCGCUCUUUGCGAAAUCCACCUUUCUAUGUUGGUAGUUACCUACCUUUCCGUCGCCAUUAUCGGUCACUAAAGGGCUCCUCGCCUGCUGCAUCAUGGCAUGCAUACGUUGGCUUUGAGCGGCCGGUUACGUGAAGCGGUGGCGCUCAACCGACUUCUGUUUGAUGGCACAGCAGGCGGCGUGAAGCCAGCACCCCGAUAGCAGCAGCGGCUUCGGACUUUGCUGGUCCAAUCCUUCAUCUUGUGCGCGCUUUGGGGAUGGCAAGAUGGCUAAACCAGGGAAGAGAGAGAAACAGCAGACGCUGGAGGCCACCCUCGGCCGACUUCCAAGGAGGCCAACCAAGAAUCUGAGCCCAGCCGAGCCAGUCACGACGAAGGGCAAAUCGGGAACGACUUCAGGGGGUCUGGCUUCUAGCUCGCCGGUGCCGCCGUCAUCUUCAUUCAUCCACCCGUCACAACCCCGCUCGCCCCAAUUGUUCGGCUCCACGAAGAAGCGGAGGCUUGUCGUGGAUGACGAUUCCUCGGACGAGUCGAGCGGUGAGGAGAGCGUGGCAGCAACUCCUGUGCCGAAGACGAAGGGCGGCAAGAAGCGUCAAACGCUGCUCUCGCCCGCCAAAAGCAAAGGGGCCCAAGAGGGUACUGAUGAUGACGACGAAGAUGACUUACCACUUGUUCCUUCAACAAUUAGGCGCAAGAGACCCACGGCGAGAGCUUCCGAUGACAGUGGCGAUGAGGACCAACCUCUACCCCCCUCCAAUCGCAAGAGACGCCGACCAAUAUCCUUCAAUGACAGUGACGGUGAUGGCGACAGUGAUGACCAGCCUCUAGCCUCCUCGCCCAUCAAGCGGCGGCGACUUAUUCGGCGAGGUGCAACCACUGGUCUCGCGAAGAAGGAGAUUGCCGAGGAUGAAGAUGAAAAUACCGAGCCGACGUCAUCCAUGACGAGAGCCAAGCGGACAGGGCGGAAGCCGCUCAACGACAAACAGAAAGCGAGGGAGCGGCUCCGGCGGAGGCGUGCCGGUGAAGUUAUCGAUGAGGAAGAAGAGUGCACUUCCUCCGAAGAGGAGCCCAAGAAGGCUCUGUACGACUCGGAUUCCGACCACCCCGCGCUGAGUGAGUUCGAGGAUGACGAAGAGGGCGUACUCGAGGUCAAGAUCGCAGACGGGAAGAGCAAAAAGCGAUCCAAGGCCAAAAAGACGAAGCAAAAGGCCGCCGACGACGAUAGCGACUCCGACAAUAGCAGUGACAACUUCAUCGUGGACGACAGUGAUGUGCCGCUUGGCAUACCAGACCAUCUGGAAAUACCUCUGGAGCUUACACAUCACUCACGUAAACCUUUGAAGGAGCAUUUCCGGGACGUCAUAGAGUGGCUCGUGCAAUUCAAGAUCAACCCCGGGUUCUCGGACAAGGGACACGCGCUGUAUAAGAUGGGGUGGAAGAAGCUUGAUGACGAAGUAACCGGCCUUGCGCAGUCAAAGUUCACCUCAUCUGUCUGGAAGAAAGACUUCUACAUGGCGCUACGGGCCCGCCCGUACUUCACCAUUGAAGUAGUCGACUCUGAGGAUUUGCAAAACUGCGAGGCCUGCGGCAGGAGUGGCCAUCCCUCCACACGCAAAAUCACUCUCACAGGCACCCCUUACUACAAGAACAGUGCCGACCUAAACCGGUUACUUGAACCGGUCGAGACGAGCAGCACUUCCGAAAGUUCGGAUUCCGACUCGGACUCUGGAGACCUUGAUGAAAACGGCAUGCCCAUCACGAACCAGACCAAGCAAUGGCGUGUCGGGAUUGUUUGCGGCAGCAACGCCGAGAUGGGCCACAAGCUCCUGCACUGGAAGCACGAUCUCCUCGAGUGGGUUGAUGCCCGCUUGCACGAGGAGGGCUACAUGGAGGGGUCCAAGCUGGCUGAGCGCGAGCGCAUGACCCCUAAGAAGAAGCAUAAGCUGGUCGAUAAAAUCCUCGACGACUGGGGCGAGAAAGGAACAAUCAGGGCGCUGUAUCAGGACUUCAAGGGCAUGCUGGAGGAUGCGAGGAACCGAUCAACCACAGGAAAAUAUCGGAGAUAGGGAGCCGAUCCACCUUUUGGUAUACCGCUGAGGAGUCGUCUUUUUCACGGUGUGCCCUGGAGUGACAGGUAUUGAGGGGGGAAUCAAGCGUUGGCUUCUUUCUUGAAGGAGUUGCGACCUUCUUGGGGCGUUGUUUUCAGGAUCGGGGUUUGCUGCUACUGGAGCGAAGGGUUUACUUGUUAGAAGCUACUGUAUGAGUUUUCCUGUAUGGGUUCCCUAGUACGAUACUCAUGUAUGAUUCUUCUGUAUGACUGUUCUGUGCAGCAAAAUUAACAUUUUUGUUCACAACCA